AUGAUCCAGGAAAAAGAACAAAAAUUAUUUCUGAUAAUCAACGUCAAAUUCCCACAUUUAGAGUAUAGCAUAAUUAAGGAUGCAGCGUUCUGUUAUGUUUGCUCUCUUUUUCCUUGUGGCGCUGGACGUGAAAAAAGUGAAAAUAACUGGACUGUUAAAGGAGUAAAAAAUUGGAAAAAAAUGAAAGGUAAUGGGAAAAACAACGUUGGUAAAUUAAAAAAACAUUUUAGUUCUGAAUCACAUAAAGCAGCACUUUAUGAGUUUUGUCAUUUUAUGAACAAAAAUAAUCAUAUUGACAUAAUGCUUGAUAAAAAUAAAAGGCAAAAAAUUAUUCAAGAAGAACGAGAUCAUGCUUUUCACACUGAAGUAAUAUGUAUAUUACUUGAUGUUGCCAAAACCCUCGGUAGACAGAGUUUAGCAUUUAGAGGUCACGCUAAUGAUGAAAAUGGUAAUUUUAAACAAAUAAUAUAUCUUAUAUCAAGACAUUGUCCAUUAUUGAAAGAGUGGUUAGAUUCUUCUAGAUUUAGACCAUAUCAUACCAAUUAUAUGAGUCCCAAAUCUCAAAAUGAAUUUAUAAAUAUUCUAGGAAGUUCAAUAAAAAGCAAUAUUUCAAAAAAAGUUAAUGACGCUAGGCAAUUUGCAGUGAUGGCAGAUACGACACCAGACUUAUCACACAAAGAUAUUUUAUCUGUUGUAGUUCGCUUUGUUAAUGAUAAAGGAAAACCAGAAGAAAGAUUGCUUGAAGUCCGUGAAAUUGUAGACAAGACCGGCAAAGGAAUGGCUAAUGAAAUCUUAGAAACAUUACGUACUAAUAAUUUAGAUCUUCAAAAUCUAGUUUUUCAGUCAUAUGAUUUUGCAAAUAAUAUGUCUGGUCAAUUUAAUGGUGCUCAACAAAAAAUAUCUGAAGCUAUUGGACGUAAAAUUCCAUAUAUUCCUUGUAAGGCACAUAGAAUCAAUACUUUUAUUGAGCAUGCGUGUGAUUCUAGUUUAAUUAUAUCUGAUUUAUUUUCAAUAAUUCAAGAAUUAUAUGUUUUCUUUUCAUCAAGUACUAAACGAUAUGGACCUCUAUUGAACAAACUAAAUGAAAUUGAAAAUUCUCUUAAAUUGAGAAAUUUAUCACAAACAAGGUGGACAGCACGCGCUGAAGCAUUAAAAUCAUUAUGGACAUCAUAUCCAAUUAUUAUUGAUGCAUUGGACAAUAUUGUUGAAGAAAAUAAAAUUGAUAAAAAAACUAAAAAUACAGCUUUCUCCUUGUCAAAAAAAUUGGUUUCUGUUGAUUUUGUUGUGAGCCUAAUGUUUAUGAAGAAUAUUAUGUACAAACUAAAACUGUUAACUGAAUGUCUUGAAUCUGCUGAAUUAAACAUAACAGAUGCUACUUUAUUUAUUUCAAGUACUCUGAAAUCAUUAGACAUUAUAAAUUCUGAUACAGAAAAUAUGAACAAUCUGAUCCAAAGUGCUGUAGUUUUUUUGAGAAAAUAUGAUGUUGAUGCUGAAAGAGAAUUUUCUGUACGACACCGUCGUAGAAUUGCACCAACAAAAUUGGACAUUAAUAGAAGUAAUGCUUUUGAAUUUUCCUUCCACUCUUUUUAUAGGAAAGAGUUUAAAAUGGUCUUAGAUAAACUGAAUGGUUUAAUAAAAGAUCAUCUUGAGAAAUCCAUUAAUGAUGUUAAGCCAUUAUACAUUAUGUUUAAACCGCCAUUUUCAAAGGAAUUGUUGACGGAAACUCUUAUUCAAGAUGCAAUACAAUUUUUACCGAAUAAUAUUGAAAUUGAUACAUUAACUUUGCAGUGUGAACUGGAAGUGCUCUACGAUCAAUGUCAAAAUAAAAGCACUAUGAGUGACCUAGCAAUAGUUUCCCAUGAAUUAAAAACUGCUUUGCCAUUGGCCAAUCUAUUAUGCCGCUUAUCAUGUACAGCACCUGUAACCGUUGCUGGCAAUGAAAGAUCAUUUAGCGAAUUGAAAAUGGUCAAAAACUAUUUAAGAACAACUCAAGAAGACUGUAGAUUAAUCAAUCUGAUGUUGCUUUCUUCUGAAAAAGAUUUGGUUGAUAAAAUGUCCUUAAAUGAAAUGGCUCAAAAAUGGUAUUAUAAGAAUCAAUAUAACCCAGUGCCAAGGAUUACAAUACUGCAUCAAAUGGACAAAACCUCUAGCAACUUUUCACUUCCUUCUGAAAUUCCAGAUUCAGAAGUUACACCAUGUAAAAGGAAGAGAGAUGUAUUAUCCUUUCAGGAAGCCAUCUUAAACGAAAUACAAACAUCUAGACCAAUACCGCAACAACCAUAUGAACAGCCUCAAGAAGCUGAUAAUGAAAAUACUAGUUUUGCUAAAUAUAUCAUUAACAUCAUGAAACAAAAAAUCAUCCUUCAAAGUGAAAUCAUUUCAAAGUUGGUACAGUUUAUUAAUGACGAUUAA